AUGGCCACCAGAGAAUCGAAUUUUUUGCUCAACACAGAAAAUUAUGAUACUUUAUAUCUGCUCGUCACAAGGCUCCGAAAACAAGUUGAGGAGAAUGAAAACUUGGUUGGCCGCAUAGCGAAGUUGAUAGAUCAUUCUUUCCGAGCACCAGCGCCUUUCAAUGCCGAAACAGAAGCGGAAUCAGCAAGUUCUGUUGAAGAAGAGGGCGACGAGCUCCGGCACUAUCUCGAUUCCAAAUACAAGCUUGACCAAAUGAAGGAUGAAGAGGAGCAGUUUCUGGAUGUGGAAAACGUUAGGCUACGGCAGCUUUUGUGUGACAAUGCCAAGCUCAUGAGGAUUCUAGAGGCUAAAAAGAAGGCCAAUAGCGAGCUUCUACAAAUAUAUUUUGAGUACGAGCGGCUCUUGAGAGAGGUUGUGCUUCCCAAACUAGCUGAGGAUGUAAGCCGAAGAAACAUUGAAAACAUCCAGAAUGCCAAGAAGAACGUUGCCGUGAAAUAUGAAGCCGAAGCGAGGUUCUGGGAGAAGUACCAUGAGUAUGUUCUUGUGCUUGAGCGGGCGAAAAAUGCCAUACUGGGACUUCUUCGAAUAGUACACGAGAAGUUGGAUGGAGACGAUCUUCGGAGACUCGAAACACAGUUUCUCAUUCUUCAAGAGCUUGUCGGACAUGCCCAGCAGGGGAAUCUUACGAGAAAACGAGACAUUGGAUGGGACGUGCAAUGGCACUGA